AUGAACAUGGAGCUGAACUAUGGCCUUCUCAAGUCUCGCUCCUUCAAUCUCAAUACCGGAGGGCACAUCAGCGUCGGCAAUUGCCGCAAGUAUGGAGUCUCUGAUGACAUGGACUACGCCAAUAUGGCACUUGGAAACCCCUUCGACGAUACGGCCAUCGACAGGUCUCUCGAGCUGAGUAUUUUCGGCCAGUCUGGCAGUGAGUUCCACGCUAUUGACCUCGAUCCUGUCGACACCCUCAAUCCUGUCGGCUGUUCCGAGGAGGAGUGGCUCGACUCCCUGAUUCCAUCAGGUCUGAGUAUGGUGGACAAGAAUGAGCUGAUCCGCCUCCUACUUCCUCAGCAACAUGGGGGAAACGAGACUGUCCUGGGCCUGGCCAGCCCAACCCAGGUCACCCGGUACGAGCGUGCGGAGCCCACCGAGGAUGCCCCCAAUAUCGACAGCCUCACUAUCGAGAACUCGGCGGCCGUUUCUCCCUGCCAGUCUACCUCGGAUCUCUCUGAGAGCGACUUUAGGGGACGCAAGCAGAAGCUCCUCUGGGGGGAGAACGGCCUGCUGGGGCUUCCAGAGGAUGUCGCCUCGCGUGUUGCCCCUCGCAAGUCUGGGCUGAUCCGGGGAAUGACCAAGAAGCUGAAGCACCAGCUUGCAGAGAUUGUCGACGAAUCCAACAAAGGGUUCAUGCGCAAGUCGUCCUCUGCCAUGUCUCCUUCCGCGCCUGGGAGCUCAGCCGCCUCCCUCGUGACCUCCCUGGACACCACUACCCAGGCCAAGCUGUACUCGGAGCUUGAAGUCAUGAUUUGCAACGUCGCAAAUGGUUUCAUCCUCCAGCAGUACUACGAUGGGCGUGUCUCCCAGCACUCCAUCAACAAGGUCAAUGCGGCCUGGAACGCCAAGAACAACCACCACGUGGUUGAAUUCCGCUUUGACCAAGCGACCCAGCGAGACCUCAUCCUCGCCAACCGUCGCUGCAUGGAGUUCACCGGUGACGCCUCCCGGUUCCCGAUCCGUCUGCAGACCAACCUGCAGAAUUGGAAGAAGAUUGCUCACGAGAUGAGCAUCCGCACCUUCUGCUUGCCGGAUAGCGCGAUCCGCAAGCACUUCUUCGAUAUUCGCCAGAUCAUCGACAUGAUGGACCCCUCUCUGGAGACUCUUCGCGCCUUCCAAGAUCUCACUGCUUGGACCAACGACCAGAUGCUGGACAAGGAGACCGCCGCCCGCCGCCAGAGCGAGGCCCGCAGGAAGCGAGGCUUCUAA